GUCUGCUGUUUCUGCUGAAGCUGAUGCCCAUGGCACCGCGUGUCCUGCUCUUCUGCCUGCUGGUCCUGGCAGUCAUUGAAGGCCGUUGUCGGGAGGCAGCCAUCCCAGGCUGCCACUUGCACCCCUUCAAUGUAACAGUGCGAAGUGACCGCCAUGGCACCUGCCAGGGCUCCCAUGUAGCACAGGCCUGUGUAGGACACUGUGAGUCCAGCGCCUUCCCUUCCCGCUACUCCGUGCUGGUGGCCAGUGGCUACCGACACAAUGUCACCUCUAUCUCCCAGUGCUGCACUAUUAGCAGGCUAAAAAAGGUGAAGGUGUGGCUGGACUGCGUGGGGAACCAGCAGGGGGAGCUUGAGAUCUUCACUGCCAGGGCCUGCCAGUGUGAUAUGUGCCGCCUCUCCCGCUACUAG